CCCCAGAUCUUUUGGAGGGCACCAGGCUGGGGGCAGUUGUAGAGCUGAUUAGAACAAUGACGGGAGAGACAGUGCAGGAGAUACCUGAAUCUGGAGCAGUGUUCACUUUUGGGAAAAGCAAGUUUGCAGACAAUGUACCCAGCAAAUUCUGGCUGAGAAAUGACAGACCUGUGGAAAUCUGCUGCGGUGAUGAACACACAGCAUUAAUCACAGGCGAUGGGAAACUGUAUAUGUUUGGCAGUAAUAACUGGGGCCAGCUGGGCCUGGGAACAAAGACGACAGUGAAUAAACCCACUUGUGUGAAAGCCCUAAAGCCUGAAAGAGUGAUGCUAGCUGCUUGUGGACGGAAUCACACAAUCGUGUACACAUCGCGAGGGAACGUGUACGCGGCCGGCGGCAACAGAGAAGGGCAGCUGGGCCUCGGAGACCGUGAGGACAGGACGUCGUUCCAGCUGCUGGGCUUCUUCAGCUGCCAGGGCCCAAUCAAAAUGCUGGCUGCCGGCUGCAACAUCUCUGCUGCUCUCACUGAGGAUGGGAGGUUGUUUAUGUGGGGGGACAACUCGGAGGGUCAGAUCGGACUGGGAGAUGAGAGCAACACACUGCGCCCUCGGGAGGUGACCGUGGGCAGGCCUAUCUCCUGGGUCUCCUGUGGCUACUACCACUCUGCUUUUGUCACAAUUGAUGGGGACCUGUUCACCUUUGGGGAGCGUGACGGGGGGAAGCUGGGCUUAUCCCCUGAGCAGCUAGACGAGCACAGAGUGCCUCAGCCUGUGCUGACCAUAACAGACCGGGUCAUCCAGGUGGCCUGUGGCGGGGGCCACACCGUGGCCCUCACAGAGGAUGAGCUCUACACGUUCGGGCUGGGUCAGUUUGGACAGCUGGGCCACGGCACCUUUAUCUUCCAGUCCCCCGUCCCCAGAGUGGUGGAGCACUUCCGGAAGGGGAGGCUCAGCCGCGCGGCGUGCGGAGAGAACCACACCGCCGUGGUCACAGACACUGGGCUUCUGUACACGUUUGGAGAUGGCCGCCAUGGGAAGCUGGGCCAGGGGGAGGAGAAUUUCACCAACCUGUUCAAGCCCACGCUGAGCCCGCGCUUCCUCAAGUACCGCGUGCAGUCUGUGGCCUGCGGAGGCUGCCACAUGCUGGUACUGGCUGUGCCCAGGUCUGAAGAGGAGGAGUUGUCACUGGAAGACGAUGACGUCACAGAAAACUACCUGGAGAUGUCCUACAUGGAGCUCCUGGGCAGCACCUCUGCCCCCGCCCCCCUCCAAAGGAGCCUGUCUGCCCGGCUGAGGCGCAGAGAGAGGGAGCGGUCUCCGGACCAGUUUGGGCCCAUGUUCCGCACCUUGCCUGCUUUGACAUGUGGGUUCCUCAGUGCCUCCUUGCCAGUUCCCAGCCAGACCCUUCCUGCCAGACGGCCACCCAGGAACACACACAAACCGGCCCCUCCGAGGACAGGAAGAAGGGAACGUGAAAGAUCCACCGAUGAGAAAUCCCACGAGGAUGACAAGAGCAUUAAUUAUUUGGGAGAUACCUCUGACUUGCUAAACCUGACCCAUGUGAUGAGGACGAACCAAUCUGAGAAGGCUCUGAACUUCUCCCCUGUUCAUAAGGAGAAGAAAGCUGAGGUUGUGAGGAGGGGUGGUAAGAAUGUGGAGAGGCAGAUGAAGUUCCAUGCAGAAGAACAGGCCUCUCCAGGGGAAAAGGUGGGCCUCAGGCCACAACAGGCCCUGCCCACUAAAUUGCUGCAGACUCCACAGUCUCCACUCAAACAAAGCCCCAGGCAUGGAACUCUCUGGAGGAUUGACAGUGGCAAGGAGAACAUCCUUGCAGCAGGCAAGGGGGUGAAGUCUGCAGGCUCCAAAAGUGGUGGCGGGAAACCGAAAUCAGAUGCCCAGGCUUCAGUUCUUGGUGGGGUCCCUGAGCCUGGGCCUAAACCAGUGAAAUGUGAGCCUGUUGGAACAAAAAGGCAUCUCUUACAGGUGGAUAGGAAAAGCAAUGAGGUUGAUAGGGAAAAAAAGGAGGUGAGGACACAGUCUGUUGAGGUCAAAGGUCAACAAAUAGCAGAACAGUCUCCUAGUGACAUAAAGGGCACAUCUGUAAAACCCAAAAUUACAGGAACAGGAAACCAGUGCGAAACCAUGGAGGUCAAAAGUAUACCCUUAUUAGUCAAAAGAAAACAAGUAGAGGAGAAAUCCACACCUGUAAGAGUUCAGACCAAGCCCAUAUUAGUGCAGAGUGAACCUGCUGAGGUCAAAGAUGCACCAGAAAGACAAAUAGCAACACAUCUGCCCAGGGUUAAAAAAAAGGAAGUAGUUUCUGGGCGCUGCAAGAAGUUGCCUGAAGAUUCUCCUGUGCAAAAGUCCAAAUCAGCCACGAGCCUUAAACAGAAAGUAGAGCACCCAGAUGGCAUUUCUGAGGAGGGAAUGAAAAUGGACAGUGAUGAGAAGGUGAAAAGACCUGCCUCCAAAGGGAAAGCAGGAAGCAGGAGAUCCGCCAUCACGGAAGUUGCUGCGUUCCUGCCAGACGUGGCUACAGCAGAUGCUGUGCAGGGUGCGAUAAGGGAGGUGGCAUCGAGUUUGGGUGGUGCGGCAGCACCCUCCACCCCCCAGGGGCAACACCUCUCCUGGAGCCAGUCUUCGGGGUCCUGUGGCCCGAAGCCUGGGGAGCGGUCUGCAGUCACCAUAAAUGUUCUCCCAGAGGCAGGACGUCCCACACAGGAAUUGGAUGAGGGUGACAUGGGUGGUAAUCUGGGAGGUGAAAUGGAAAGGUCAGGAGGCUGGUCUGAAUCCAGUGAGGAUGGACAGCUGUCAGAUGAAGGAGAAAAAGAGAGCAGGAAGGAAGGGGGGGAGGGGGAGGAGAGUAGCAGUGGGGAAGCUGAGAAUGAAAGCACCAGCAGCGAUCAGAGCUCUGGGGGUCUGGAUAACCGCAGUGAGGAGGCACAGAGCGAAAGAGGGGUUGAGGAAGAGGAGGAGGAGGGGGGAACGGAGAGCCGGAACUCUGAGGAGACACAGGAUGAGGAGGAAAGUCAGGAGGAGGGGAGUGCAAGGUCCCUGAAGGAUGGUGAGCAGACAACAGAAAAGAGUGAGGGAGGAGAGAAAAGACUGGAUGAAGGGAGUGAGGCUGAGGUAGAGGGAGUGGAGGAGGAGAGUGUAGAGGAGGAAGGAGAAGAGGACAGUGGGGGAGAGAGUACCGAUGAGGAACAUGAUGAAGGGGAAGAUGGCAAAGUGAGUGAGGAAGAUGAGAAGAGCAGAGAGGAAUCAGAGAGCGAGAUGGAGAGCAGGAAAGAGGGAUCAGACGAAGAAGAAGAGGGUGAACAGGAAGUAAGUGAGGAGGGUGAAGAGUCUUCAGUGGAAGAAAAAGAAGGAGAGGGGGAAGAGGAGAGUGGAGCAGAAGAAGAGGGAGAAGAGGAGUCAGGUGAAAGUGGUGUAGAAAAUGAAGAAGCAGAGGAGGAUGAUGAUGAAGAAACUGAGGAUGAAGAGGAGGAGGAAAAAGAAGAGGAAGGAGGGGAUGGAGAUGAGGGGGAGGAAGAGGGAGAAGAGGAAAAUGAAGAUGAGGAAGAAGAAGGGGAGGAAAAAGAAGAGGAGGAAGAAGAAGAAAAAGAGGGUGAAGAGGAGGAAGAUGGAAAAGAAGAAGCAGAAGAAGAGGGGGAAGAAGAGGAGGAGGAAGCUGAGGAGGAAAAAGAGGAAGAGGAAGAAGAGGGGGAAGAGGAGGAGGAAGAAGAAGAGGAGGAAGAGGAAGAAGAGAGCACAUCAGCAACAGGGAAAGCCAAAGGCAAAGAGACCCAGAAAGGUAAAUCCGCAGCAACAACCAAAAAAAAAGAUGGCAAUGUUACCAAGCCACCCACUAAGGCCCAACAGGGCACAUCAAAGAAGAGGCAGGCGCUUGAUUCUUCACAGGACACCCAACAGUUUUGGAAUGAUGUCCUGCCUCAGUACCUCAAUCUGAAAUGACCAGCCUCACCAGCACCCUGAUCACACACCAAACGUUUCAUUACAUGACAAGACAUUUUUGUUUCUUUGACCAGCAUAAACCAAAUGUCCGGGAAUAGAAUAGACUAGAAUAGAAUACAAUAGAAUAGACUAGAAUAGAAGAGACUGCUCUUCAUUAUGUUUUUUUUUCUGUUGGUGCUGUUGCCAAUUUGAAUGGCAUUUUCUUCAAAACUAGAAAUGAUUCAGAUGGCAUCAGUGCAAAACUGCCAUUUUAGCUCUUGACAUUAUUUUCCCCCCAUUUUUAGCUCACUUGGGAUCUAAAAUUUCUGCCAUAAAGGGGAAUUUUUAAUCAAAUCGUGCAUGCUCGAUUGGCUCAGACCACACAUAUGCAUGCUGCAGCAGAGAUCAUGUGGAAAGCUUCUCUGAUUCAUGGUGCUUUGCAUUACAACAGGCAGAGUGCCUCAGUGUCGACCAACUCUGAAAUCUACAGGAGUGACGGACUUUCAGAACCUUUCUAAUCCUUCCAGAACCUGAUGAUUGCCAGGAAACAGACCAACUGCACUGUCGUUUGGAAAAGGAUUCUUUCACAUCAGGGGCCUUUUGGUGGUCACAGAUAUCAAAGAGAAAAGUUGUGAAAGUCAUGAAAGAGAAUAAAGCUUGCAUAAAACAUCUAAACAAGUGUGCUGGCAAGCUAACCUGUUAUUCAAAUUUAAGAACAGACCACACCGUGGUAGGAUCGAGUUCCAAAUAUGAGUUCCACUGGCCUCUUUUGAGGCCUAGUGUGUAGAUAUAUUCCUUUUUAAAACCAUUCAGUCAGUCAUGACAAACACAUGUUCGAUAGUGUAUUGUUCAGUACUUUUGUUGUCGGUGCUGUGACUAGUAAAUGGGAAGCCGUUCCCGAAGUCCGUAUUUGGUUUUCCAAAGUCGGUAUUUAGUUUCUUGAAGUCUGUAUUUAGUUUCUCGAAGUUGGUAUUUAACUUCCCAGAGUCAGUAUUUGGUUUCCCAAAGUCAGUAUUUGGUUUCCCGAAGUCAAUAUUUAGUUUCUCGAAGUUGGUAUUUAACUUCCCAGAGUCGGUAUUUGGUUUCCCAAAGUCAGUGUUUGGUUUUCCAAAGUCGGUAUUUAGUUUCUCGAAGUUGGUAUUUAGUUUCCCGAAGUUGAUAUUUAGCUUCCCAAAGUCAGUAUUUGGUUUCUCGAAGUCGGUAUUUGGUUUCCCAAAGUCAGUAUUUGGUUUCCCGAAGUCGGUAUUUGGGUUCCUGAAGUCGGUAUUCGGUUUCCCGAAGUCAGUAUUUGGUUUCCCGAAGUCGUUAUUUGGUUUCCCGAAGUCAGUAUUUGAUUUUCCAAAGUUGGUAUUUAGUUUCUCGAAGUUGGUAUUUAGUUUAGCUUCCCAAAGUCAGUAUUUGGUUUCUCGAAGUCGGUAUUUGGUUUCCCAAAGUCAGUAUUUGGUUUCUCGAAAUCGGUAUUUGGUUUCCCAAAGUCAGUAUUUGGUUUCUCGAAGUCGAUAUUUAGUUUCCCAAAGUCAGUAUUUGGUUUCUCGAAGUCAUUAUUUGGUUUCCCGAAGUCGGUAUUUGAUUUUCUGAAGUCAUUAUUUGGUUUCCCGAAGUUGGUAUUUAACUUCCCAGAGUCGGUAUUUGGUUUCCCAAAGUCAGUGUUUGGUUUUCCAAAGUCGGUAUUUAGUUUCUCGAAGUUGGUAUUUAGUUUCCCGAAGUUGAUAUUUAGCUUCCCAAAGUCAGUAUUUGGUUUCUCGAAGUCGGUAUUUGGUUUCCCAAAGUCAGUAUUUGGUUUCCCGAAGUCGGUAUUUGGGUUCCUGAAGUCAGUAUUCGGUUUCCCGAAGUCAGUAUUUGGUUUCCCGAAGUCGUUAUUUGGUUUCCCGAAGUCAGUAUUUGAUUUUCCAAAGUUGGUAUUUAGUUUCUCGAAGUUGGUAUUUAGUUUAGCUUCCCAAAGUCAGUAUUUGGUUUCUCGAAGUCGGUAUUUGGUUUCCCAAAGUCAGUAUUUGGUUUCUCGAAAUCGGUAUUUGGUUUCCCAAAGUCAGUAUUUGGUUUCUCGAAGUCGAUAUUUGGUUUCCCGAAGUCGGUAUUUGAUUUUCUGAAGUCAUUAUUUGGUUUCCCGAAGUCGGUAUUUGGGUUCCCGAAGUCGGUAUUUGCUUUCCCGAAGUCGGUAUUUGGGUUCCCGAAGUCGGUAUUUGGUUUUCGUGUUCUGAGCUGAGGCUGGUGGGUGGAGCCACCUCCUUGUUAGUUGUUUAAUGGGCAGAACGUGUUUGAUUUGGGCCAUCUGUGGCUAAUCAGCCACAGGGUACAUAAGCUUGCCUUUUAAGUUCAUUUUGGGGGAAAGAGAGAAUGGUGAGGUGUGUGAGAGGUUGACACAGUGGGCUUUUGUUUCCCCUGAAGCCUUUUUUUUUUUUUUUUUUUGCUUGCACCCAAAGACUUUAUAAUUGUAAAUGUUUUUUAUAUUUAUUUUGUGGCACAUGUCCUUAUUUUCAAUGUUUUUGCAGUGUUAUCAAAGUCAAGAGGAUGUACAAAAUAGUAUUUGUUGGAAUACAUUUGUCAUGAAAAAAAAAAAUUGAGAACUUGUGGCAGAGCUUAGUCUGGGAGAAGCAAUUGGGGCAAUCCAGCACUACACCUACUAGUUAAGUUGAAAAGGCACCUGGGUUCGACAGGACAGCUAGCUGAAAAGCUUUUGUGCUCUUUGAUUUAUUUUGUCUUCAUAUUUUAGUUUAUUUUUAACAGUGAAGAUUCUUUUCAGACUCCUGGUCCUUUUUUCCUCCCAACAGAGCACAUUUGCUUUCAGUUGGUGCCAUUAGAAGCACCCUUUCAGUCGGCACCACCGAUUCAACUUAAUCUGACCGUUACCCAUAGCAACAAGUGCUGCUGGUUAUGGGCUAGCUUUAUUGCACGAAGAAAGAAUGUUACUGUAAACAUGUUUCAGAGAAGAAGCCCUUCUGAAUUAGUUUCCCUGAUAAACAGGGCAUUAAGUGGAGCGUUCCCUAGCUGGCCUGCCUUCACAGGGGACAGUUGCUCUACUGUGCACUUACCGUGCGAGCGUAAGGGUGAGAGCCCUUUGCAGCCAGCAGGCAGACAAGCGUUCCUUUGAGGAGGGAGCGCGAGGCUUGUGAGUGCUCUGCCGGCUGCAGUACGUGAGCAGGAAUGAACACUGCCGGUAAUGUAAACACUGGCAGCGCUCGAAGCUGCCCACUGCUCUGGCAGUGCGGUGCGCAGAGAUGUGACACCUCUUUCACCGAGCCCUCAUAAAUAAGCUUCUGAGUCGCAUGAGGAAUCCAGUGGACUCUUGUCCAGGGUGUUGCCGUGUGAUAUCUUUACCUUACAAAAGCCAUUUAUAUUUUAUUUUAAGUUCCUCUGUGUCUUUAAGAACCAUUAAGUGGUCAUCCAUGAAUCCCUGUUUCACUGGGGUAUAAAUAUGAUGUACCAAACUCCCUUAGUCAUCCUUCAACUUAGGGAAGAUCAGGUUACACACCGAUGAAAUGAGACAAAUGGUUUUUUGCCUUCAUAAAUCAAAAAAAAGUAGCUAAAUACCUGAAAAUACCCAUAUCGACUAUUAGGGCUAUACUUAAGUAGUUAAAACAACUGGAGCUUUGAUGAACCUGCCCGGAAGAGUUGCGUAGCGACUGCGAUGAAGAUGGUUCAAAAGCCAAAAAAGUUCUCUUAAGGAUUAUACUAGGAGAACUGCAGAAGUUGCUUGCAUCUUGGGGUCACCAAGUUUCCAAGACUACACUUAAGAGCACAUCCACACCAACAAAUAUAUUUUAACUCAUUUCUUCAGGCAAAGAAUUAAAAAUAUUAAGCAAUGCAUCCUUGAAAGGAAGAUUAUUUUUGGUGGUAAUCACAUGACCCUGAAAGGCAUAAAUGGGGAAACGGCAGAGACUGUGCUUCCCUCCUCUACCUACAUACUAGAAUCAGGCAAACGAAUGGAGGUUGGAAUAGUGAAACGCCUAAUGGCAUCACUCCAGAGAAGCUGCCAAAUGACAGUUCAGAGUUAGCAGUAGUGAUAUGCAGGUGCUGCCAGGGGGCAGCAGAGAGCAGAGGCCUGCAAUGCCAGGGCUCCACUGGACUAAUGCAAUCCAUUCACUCUUUUUGUAAGAAAACAAAACGUAAUAUCCAAUAACAUGUAUGUCUUCAAGAAAAUACAUUUCCAAGCAUGAAUAACUGAAAAACCUGUGAAAUAUUUCACAUAGAUUUCAUAUUUUAAUGUUUCAUUUUUUUUAACAAUAAAGCAGAAUGUGUAAAGAAACCAAAACAUGUCUUUAUUGCACUGGUUGUGUGUGUGUGUGUGUGUGUGUGUUUGCACUAUAAAUAUGUCCAAUAUGUAGGAAAUGCUUUUUACAUUUGGGCUCUGUGUGCCUGAACAAGUGAUGAGGCACACAUUUUUAAGAGAAAUGCACAUCUCAAUGCAUGAAAAACAGCCUAAAGGAAUGUAUCAUUGUACUCUACUUGGACAGUGUUGGACAGUGAGCAGUUAUUUGUUUUUUGAGAAACAUCUGGAAUAAUCAUACUUCCACUAUGAAUAGUCGAAAACUGCAAGCCCAUCAUACAAACUAUUGGAAAUACUUUCAUCUGUUAGCACUAAGUUUCCUGCAAGUUACUGACAAUGUAGACAGUAACAAGUUAUUGACAUAUUGACAUUGACAUUUAUUGAAAUUAUUUUUUGUUGAUAUUCACUACAGAAUUGUUUUGUUUUGUAUGUUUUGUCAGUUUCUUGUUUUGUUGGAAAUUGUCAGAGUUCUGCAGUGUUUUCCAUUUUUAUCUGAAUCUAAAGAAUUAAAAGAGUAUUUCAAAUAUUUAUUUGACCCAGACUGGGUGUUUGCUUGUCAAAACAAGAACUUAACAGAAAGAACUUGUUUUGCUAUUGUGCUCCAAACAUUUUCUGAAAUAUUUCAAUCAUGUCGGUCAACAUUUCAGUUGCAAUUCAGCCUUCAUCAGUACAAGUUGAAAACAUUUCAGCCCUUUCAACAGUCUGACAUUUCAAUAUUAACCCCUUUCAUUCCCUGUUUUUUUUGUUUUUAAUUUGGAAUGCCCAGUCAUAUUUAUAAGUUUCCUGUACGGCAGGCAGCUCUCGACUCAACCUAUGUAUGAAUCCCCUAGCAGCUGGAAGUCUGAGUCCCUGCCAUGUCACAUUUU